UGCAGUCAGUCGGUUCCUCAAGAGGUGGUGAAGUUUGGCAGGUGGCAUAAUGAGCUCUGGAACGCCGUACAUCGGUAGCAAGAUCAGUCUUAUCUCCAAGGCCCAGAUACGCUAUGAGGGUAUUUUGUAUACCAUUGACACCGACAACUCCACGGUGGCGUUGGCUAAAGUGCGGUCAUUUGGGACAGAGGACCGUCCGACUGACCGUCCAGCCCCUCCUAGAGAAGAAGUAUAUGAAUAUAUAAUAUUCCGGGGAAGUGACAUUAAAGACAUCACUGUAUGUGAACCACCCAAAGCUCAGCAUGCCCUGCCUCAAGACCCAGCUAUAGUCCAGUCUUCUCUGGGCUCUGCCCCCACAGCAUCCUACCAACCUUCUGUGCCAUACAGUCCUUUUCGAGGCAUGCCAUCCUACAGUCAGCUUGCUGCCACUUCACUUCUCAACCAGCAAUAUGCAGCCUCUCUGGGUUUAGAGAAACUGGUGAGUCCUCCAGCUUCAGCCGCAGCAUCCAGCUCCUGCUCUUCCCCGUCUCCGCAGCCAGCGGUGCCGGACAGUGACAUCUCAUCAGAUCCUCUGCAGCAUUCCCUCUCUACAAAGGCUGGCUUUCCCUCUAUACCACUACGUAAAAGCCCCAUGGUUGAGCAAGCUGUCCAGACAGGCCCAGUUGAGAACUUGGUCCAGAAGAAGUUACAACAAGUAAAGGGGCAGUCAGUAAGCCAGCGUGGGAACCGGCAAAUUCAACCUCUACUACCACCACCAGCUCCUCUCAGUGUUCCUACUCCCCCUGUGCCAGCACAGAGCUUGGUGAAUGAUGAGAACAGGAGACCCCAAAGGCGAAGAUCAGGUAAUAGACGGACAAGAAAUCGUUCCCGUGGUCAAACGAGACCAACAACUAUAAAGGAGAAUGCAAUUAAAUUUGAAGGGGACUUUGAUUUUGAGACUGCAAAUGCACAAUUCAACAGGGAGGAGUUGGACAAAGAAUUUAAAGAUAAAUUAAAUGUUAAAGCAGAUAAGCCGGAGAAGGAGGGAGAAGACAAGGGAGACUCAGGAGUUGAGACACAAAAUAGUGAUGGAAUUCCUGAAGAGGAUCCAUUGGGACCAAAUAUAUAUUAUGACCGCACAAAGUCGUUCUUCGACAAUAUCUCUUCAGAGAUGAAAUCCAGACGUACCACAUGGGCAGAAGAGAGGAAGUUAAACACUGAAACUUUUGGCGUCUCGGGCAGGUUCCUCAGGGGGAGAAGCUUCAGAGGCGGGUUUCGAGGAGGAAGGGGUGGUGGUACACCACGGAGAAAUCAAACUACUCAAAGAGCAGGAACUGGGAGAGUGUGAGCACAAAGAUGUCUAGCAGACACUAAGUUGCUUUGAGUGUUUCUGUGCUUAUGGACUUGUCUUCCAUAUCUUCUCCCCAAAGCAUUGUAGCAGUUUCCUAAUUGAUGUAAUUCAGCGCUGGGCGUUAGGUGGUCCUGCGUUGCUUUCAUCCCCACACUGGUUAUUAAGGCGAAUGAUUGGGUUUGGAACAGAGUGUUUUAUAAGGGGUAAUAAGCAGUUCUCUAUUUAAAUGGGAAAGGUAAUCUCACUUAUGUUUGGGAAACUGCAGAAAGUCUUGCAGUUGUAUUUUGCACACCAAAUCAUGUUUGGGAGUGAAAUUCAGCCUCUUUACUUUUAACCUUUACCAACUUUUUUUUUUUAUAUAUAUAUAUAUUUCCCCCCGUUUCCUUGAGGGAUGGUUUAACCCUUGUUUGGCACCUGAGUUAAUGUGUGCGCCUCCCUCAUUUAGAAUAGUUACAAAGGAACAGAUUUCUGAAAGCCCCCACUCAGGAUUUGAGUUUUUGAGUUAACCUGUAAUGGACCCCUAUGAUGCCGAUGGUACACUCUGAAUAAUGGGCUUAAGCCCUUUUCACAGUUUAGUUUUUUUUAUUUAUAUUUGUUUUUUUUAUUUUGCUAAGCACUUAUAUAAUAAGCCAUCUAAGAUCUGAACCCUUUUUUCAAGUUUAAUGGGCUUUGGAGUUUAUCCUGUGGUCUUUAGGCUUGACUUAACUGCUGGUGUUGGUUAUGCCCACUGCCAUAAUGACAGCUUUAUAAAAGAUGCCGUAGAGCAUGUCUCCCGUUAGUCUCCACAGCAGAAAUGUAUAUAGCAGCUUUAAGAUAAAGUGAUGUAAAACUUGCAUGCGAAGGAUCUAAAUAUUUGAUUACAUUUUUUUAUUUUAUUUUUUAUCCUGCACUACUUACCUUGUAUUGUCAGAUUACCCCAAAUGACAAUUUUUAAGUUAUAUAUAUCAAGUUAAUUUAAAAAGCUUGUCUUUAUUUUUGUAGAAGCCUGGUGCUAAAUAAAAACCAGUAGCCCAUGGGGAUGUGAUGUAAAUUGUAAUCUACAAAUAAACAUACACAUGUUUAAUAGGA